CAUAAGAUCAGUCUGAGGAGGAGAUGUGAAUUUGUGCAAGAAGGAAGUGCUGCAGCAGGAACUGGAACCCCCCUCAACAGGAUCUACACUGAGCUCUACAUCACACAGGGAACGAGGGAAGGGGUUAAUACCCAACAUGAGGUGUGGCAGCUGGAGACAACAUCCAAGAUGGAGACCCUCAGUGACACUUCAAUCAAGUGCCAGGACAUCUUUAAACCCUUACCUGGCCAAGACACACACAUCAGAGUAGUUGUGACACAGGGCGUUGCUGGCAUUGGAAAAACCUUCUCAGUGCAGAAGUUCACUCUGGACUGGGCAGAGGGCUUGGAAAACCAACAUGUCAGUCUUGUGGUUCUGCUUUCGUUCCGGGAGCUGAACUUGAUCAAAGAUGAGCGCUACAGUCUUCUCCAGCUGCUCCGUGUUUUUCAUCCAACAUUACAGAUGGUCACAGCAGAGCAGCUCGCCAUCUGUAAAGUUGUGUUCAUCUUUGAUGGCCUGGAUGAAAGCAGGUUUUUAUUGGAUUUCCAGAACAGUGAGGUCGUGUCUGAUGUCACACAGACAUCAUCAGUAGAUGUGCUGUUGACAAACCUCAUCAAGGGGAAUCUGCUUCCCUCGGCUCUCCUCUGGAUAACUUCUAGACCAGCGGCAGCCAAUCAGAUCCCUCCUACAUGUGUCGACAGGGUAACAGAAGUCCGAGGGUUCACUGACCUCCAGAAGGAGGAGUACUUCAGGAGGAGAUCCAGUGAUGAGGAGCUGUGCAGCAGUAUCAUCUCACACAUCAAGGCGUCCAGGAGCCUCCACAUCAUGUGCCAGAUCCCAGUCUUCUGCUGGAUUACUGCUACAGUUCUGGAACACAUGUUGACUACAGACCAGAGAGGAGAUCUGCCCAAGAGCCUGACAGACAUGUACUCACACUUCCUGCUGGUUCAGACACAGAGGAAGAAGCACAAGUACGAUGAGAGACAUGACAGGAGUCAGCAGGAGCUGAUGGAGACUGACAGGGAAGUUCUUCUGAAGCUGGGCAGGCUGGCGUUUGAACAUCUGGAGAAAGGCAACCUGAUGUUCUACCAAGAAGACCUGGAGGAGUGUGGUCUUGAUGUCAGAGAGGCCUCGGUGUACUCAGGAGUGUGCACAGAGAUCUUCAAAACCGAGUGUGUGCUCUUCCAGAGAAAAGUCUACUGCUUUGUUCAUCUGAGCAUUCAGGAGUUUCUCGCUGCAGUCUACAUCUUCCACUGCUUCACCAACAGGAACACAGAGGUACUGGCCAGAGUCAUGAGAACACACAAGAAUAAAGGUGUUGACAAAAAGCCAUCAUUGGAUAUCUUCCUUAAGACAGUCUUGUAUGAAGCCCUGGAAAGUAAAAAUGGCCACCUGGACCUCUUUGUCCGUUUCCUUCAUGGCCUCUCACUGGAGUCCAACCAGAAGCUCUUAGGAGGCUUGCUGGGUCCGACAGAGAGCAGACCAGAAGACAUCCAGAGAGUCAUCUACAACCUGAAGAUAAGACGAGCAACACUUACCUCUCCUGACAGAAGCAUCAACAUCUUCCACUGUUUGAUGGAGAUGAACAACCUCUCAGUACAUCAGGAUAUCCAAGAGUUCCUCAAGUCAGAGAAGAGAUCAAAGAAGAAACUGUCUGAGAUCCACUGCUCAGCUCUGGCCUACAUGCUGCAGAUGUCAGAGGAGGUUCUGGAUGAGUUGGACCUGAAGGCGUACAACUCAUCAUUUGAGGGACGAGCGAGACUGAUCCCAGCUGUGAGGAACUGCAGGAAGGCUCGAUUGAGGAGCUGCAGGUUGUCAAAUAGCAGCUGUGCUUCUCUGGCCUCGGUUCUGAAGUCCAGCCCCCAUCUGACAGAGCUGGACCUGAGUGAGAACCACUGGCUGCAGGAUUCAGGAGUGAAGCUGCUGUCUGUUGGACUGGAGAGUCCAAACUGCAAACUGGAGACUCUCAGACUGAGGGACUGCAGCUUGACAGAGAGCAGCUGUGAUUCUCUGGCCUCGGCUCUGAAGUCCAACCUCCAUCUGACAGAGCUGGACCUGAGUGACAACUGUCUGAAGGAUUCAGGAGUGGAGCUGCUGUCUGCUCUGGUGGAGAGUCCACACUGCAGCUGGAUUCCAACUGGCAGCCUGAGAGGAUAUGCCUGUGAUCUCACACUGGAUCCAAACACAGCGUACAGAGAGCUCCUUCUGUCUAAGGACAACAGGAGGGUGAUGAAGGUGAUCUGCUGGCUGUCGUGGCCUGAUCACCCAGACAGAUUUGACUUCUGGCCUCAGGUUCUGUGUAGAGAAGGUCUGACUGGGCGAUGUUACUGGGAGGUCCAGUGGAGUAGAGGGGUUGAAAUAGCAGUGACUUACAGAGGAAUCAGAAGAAAUGGUGCUGGCUCUCUGCUUGGAGACAAUAAACAGUCCUGGAGUCUGAGGUGCUCUGAUGACAGCUACUCUGUCAGACACAACAGUGAGGACACCAGCAUCUCUGUCCCUCCCAGUGGAUCUAACAGAGUCGCAGUGUAUCUGGACUGGUCUGCUGGGACUCUGUCCUUCUACAGAGUCUCUUCUGACGGACUGAGACUCCUGCACACCUUCAGCUCCACCUUCACUGAGCCGCUCCACCCUGGGUUUAAUUUGUGGUCAGAUGAUUCUUCUCUUGUGGUUGGGCUGCCAAAAAAAGAUGGCCGCUGCUGCACAGACGUGAGCGUUUGUUGCUGCCACAGUCUGCCUUAAUUUGCUUUACUUAUGUCUGGCUUACAUAUCUAAACUAAUACCCGCUUUAACAUUCCUCAUCCUAAAGUUAAGUACUCGACCACAAACUUUUAAACCUGAAACGGGAUUCCAAACCGACGCCAAACUCUGUUUGCUCUCUACCAUGGGCGAAGCGGUUUCCAACCAAGCCA